AUGGCUGCGGUCGACUGUAUGUCGAUGGCCUCGCGCCAUCAUCCACAUCAUCCACACAAUCACCAGCAUGGCCGUGAUCGCCGAUCGAGCUAUUCCACUCUGGGCAGCAACAACCCUUAUGCCCGCUACAUGUCCCCCGCACCGUCGGCGCAUUCACAUUCGCACUCGCACUCGCGCUCCAAGCGAUCUCUCUCGGAAUCCUUCCCCUCUGUACCCACCGUUUCCAUGGAUUCUCUCUGGUGGUCCGGCUCUCCCGAGCACCAGCCGGUGCACCCGAGGUUCCAGCGAGAGAGUUCGGGAACCCAGCGCCGUCACUCCCAUCAGAGAUACUCGCGAAACUCACAGCUGGUGAACCCAGAUAUUAUCGAUGAGCUGGACGAUGUGACCUCCUACUCGUAUCACCACGAGGGCCCAUACGAUGCAGUUUGCCCUGAGCGCAAUCGCGUUAGCCACCACAGUCCUCUCGAGGCACCAUCGCCCGCUCGAUGGCACGGCCUAUUCCCUCCCGGCGCAACUGAUCGGGAUGGACAGACAUACGAGUACGAAGAGGGAUCGAACAUGAUGGAUGAGUAUGGGCUUUUCAUGCGUCUGCCCGGUCAGAAAUUCACCGACGAGGACUUCAAGAAUGACCCAUUCUACAACCGCCCCAUCUCCAACCCAUUCCUUCAACUGAAGAAGAAACUCAGUCUACGCCGCAACAAGAAGCGGCGGAGUACCGCAUAG